AUCAAAAACAAUUCUUUAAUAUUUCUUUUAUUGUUAAUACCAUUAUUGGCAUGAUUGUACAUAGAUAAUUUGAUGUUUAGUAUAUCCCCGGUCCCAUUUAACAGUAAUCACAUUAUACUUUUAGUUCAAUAAAGAAAACUAUUGAAAUGGGACUAGCGGGCUAUUUGCUAAUAACUUGUACAUUUAGAGGGGGAAUACUUGUACACUACUACUAGGCUAGGUGUACCAACUGCCAUUUCUCUAGUAUUUGAGGGAUGAAUUUUGUACAAGCUGAUUCUAGGUCUGGGAGAAGAAUGCUAACAGAAGAUGCUGAUGAGCCUAGUACUUUUUCUUUGGUUGUAAGCAUUGGUUGUGAGUGGAGGAUAACAAACACGUACAUUGCUUCAGAACUUGAAAAGCAUGAUUGCAUUAGAAAGACUUCCAUUUUACUCAAAAACUGCUCUCUGCCAUCCAUCAGUAGUAGAUAAGCUAAGCUGCAAUGCAUUCUUCUUCUUGUUCAAAUUCAAACAAAAAAUUUACACCGCUGACACAAGAUGGCAUGUUUUCAAAGGGAAUCACCUGCAUUGAAGGAGAUUCUGCUCAGGUUAUACAGAGCUGAAAAACCAUUGGAGAUUGAUAGCCAUUCACAUGAAUUUGGAUCAGUUGAAUAUCAUAUACAGGCUUCUGCAUCACAUCCACAAAUCGCCUACUUGUCCAUAUCAACUCCGCUCCUACAUCAAGAGUUCGUUCUUUCAACUGGAUUACCACGUUAUACUCUGGAGAUGGUAAGGGGAAUUUGUCCUGAUGUGGUGGAGAUAAUUGAACCUCCAAAUGAAGGAUACCAGCUGACCUUAAGACUUGACUUCUCAAGAAUUCCAAGAAAGAAAGAUGCGGGAAAGAUGAUAGCAAGCAUCGCCUCCGUUCAAGGAGUUAUACUGAGCUCGCAGCUGAAAGAUAUGCUAGUGAAUGUUAAUUCUCUAGAGGUGUCUCAAGGAAUGUUCAGACCAAUCAGACUUAUUUACCACCCUAGGGAGCUUUUCUUUGUCAUCAGACAGCCAGAAAAGAUCACUGCGGUAUUCCCUAUGCGCUUCAAAGAAGAUACAGAUGUCAUUAUUUCAACAGCCUUCUUUCAGGAACUCAUGGAUGUUGGAAGUUCAAAAGCAUUUGAGAAAGCACCCCGUUGUACCUGGUCUCCAAUUCCACCACCUGAGCUAAGAGGAGAGCCCAUUGAAGACUUAAGCACCAAUGGGGGAUUUGUUUCUUUUGAAAUCACAUCAAGACAUGUUGAAGGCAAGAGGCUAGAGAAGACUGUGUGGAACCUAUUAAAUUUCCAUGCAUUUGUAAAAUAUCAUGUCAAGAGCACACGAGGUUUCAUUCAAAGAAGAAUGAGACAGCGGUUGGAAAACUUGGUUGAGGUACUAAACAAGAUUGGGACGGAAGAUGAACAUCCAAUUAAAAAGAAGAGUCGAGGUAUGUGAAACACAUUGCUGAACCACACAAGAAAAUUACACACAAGCUUCACACUUGUUUGCUCAAACAUCAUAAAUGCCACAUCAACGAGAAAGAAAUGAGCUGACUUUAUUGGAAAAUAUUAUACACAUCAAUAUGGCAGAAGAUUUUCUUGUGAUAACUGUCUUACUUUCUUUUCCUAUCUAUUAUUUCAAUCUUCUGUUGUUUUUAAUGCGCCUUCAGCUAACACAUGUCUAUUUACUCGUUCAGGAUCAAAAGCCUUAAGGAAAUUGUUAAAUUUCUCAAGACCCAAACUACUGAAAAGAAGAUAUAACUUCAUCAAUAAGAUCAAAAGAAUUCGAUCAAGAAUCAGAAUCCAAUGGUUUAGUCGCUUCCGCAGGAAGUGGUUGAGUUUCCCUAGGUUUUCUUCCCUCACAAGAUACGAAAGGCUAGAAUAGCACACAUCUAUAGGAAUAGUGAUUGUUCAGGUAUCAUCAGCGAUAAAGCAGUCAGUUUUAAGAGCUAUUGACAAUGCCUGUCCUACUCUUUGCCUUUUGAUAUCCAAAAUUUUUCAUCAUGUACGAAGGACGCAACUUAUUAUUGCGUGAAUGCCAUAAAUAACUUACUACUGGAAAACAUACAUUUAAGUUAAAACAGACAUAUAUGGAUCUAUUUCUUUCAUAAAUCCCAACACAGAAGUGUAUCAAUAUCUACAUAUGUCAAACCAGAAAAAUCCAAAAAAUCCAAACAUGUGAUCGGCAUUCUCAACCAUUACCAAAUUCACUGAGUAUUGAAAAAGGAAAUAUCAAAGAUACAAUGCUGUUUGGGAAGAACAGCCAUGAACUUAGUGAUACCUUGUCCUUUACUUGGUCCCAGUAUUGUCAAAACUUUAAAGGAACACAUGCGCCAAAAUUUAUGAAAUGUGAAAUUUAGGUAUCCAUUGAGUUUCUGCUAUUUUUUGAGUUUACUUGUCACAAAAAAUGAUACUUUACAGCUAUAAUAUAGCCUUGAAAUUUUAAACUCAUGCACCCCACAUUUAAGUAAUUGUUAUGAAUGAGAACAAAGAAGAUUGACUCAAUUUCAUUGAAUUAUAAUUACACCAAAAUUUCCUAUUCCAGCAGUAUAGGAAGGGAGAAAAAAAUAAAAGUAAAUCGCAAGAUCAAUAUUUACCUAUCUCUAGAUAAUGACUAAACUCUUCUGAAGACAACCGAUUGAAAUCCACCUGGAAACUUGCUUAUGCCUCAUUCUAUCUCAAAGACAGGGAUUUGAUUCAUCACUACAUCAUCGGAUCGAAUUUGAGCAAGUAAAGGUCCACUUGCUUCCCCAGUCCUUGCUUUGCUAAUCCAGUGCAACAUCCCAAACAGACCAAAGCUAGCUACCAGAACCAACAAGGCAUGCCCAGUGAAAAGCAAAUUCAUCAAUGCAACUCCCCUCAACUUAUCCUCUUCAAGCUCACACUUAACAUCAACCAGCCCUUGAGUUGGCUGGACAGUAAUCUUGUCACACCCUUUUAGAUGAAAUGCAUCAGUAUACAAUGACAAUCCCACUUGCAAAACCCAAAGAGACUUCAAAACCAGCCCACAAGACAACAAAUAAUCAGCAAAAAACGCUGAAGGCCUCAAUGACAAGUACAAGCAUGAAGCAGCGCAAACAAAAGUAAUUCCACCUAAUUGUUCAUACACACCAGCACCAAGACCAAUAAGUCCCUUUCCGUUGAUCAAAUACUCAAUCAGAAGCAUAAUGCCCCCAACUAUAAACACAAUGCUCUCAGGAAUAACGUAAAGAUUGAAACUUUCCUUAAAAAUGAUGAAAAUUAAAAAGGCCCAGAACAAGAAAACCACAAAGGAUUGUUGCAAGAAUGAGAAUCUAAAACUGGGCUGGCCUGAAAUUGCAAGGAAGAGGUAAAGCAGUAUGAAUGAACCAAUUGGGAGGGCUAUGAGGAGAGCAUAGAAAUCACAGUUUUGCCAUCUGUGUUCUGAAAAAUACCAUGGUUUCGAUGCAUAUUGAGAUGGGUUCUUCAGAUACAGAGUGAAUGAACAUACAACACGGCGGAUUCCUAUUGCCAUGAGAAAAACGAAUGCCAAGAAAUGGAUUGUGAAUAACACCAUUUUUUACCCGGGUUCUCUGAAAAUUGAAGAUUUCUGAUUCGCCGAUCGUUUCCUUUCCCUUUCCCUGUCGGAAUUAAUUCUACGAGGAAACAAUGCGGCGAAAAAUGCAGGGUCGAUCGGAGGAGUGAUUUUUGGUCAGAAUGGCAGAGUGGACUUUCUUCAAGAUACCUGUUUUGUCGUCACCUUAUUUGCCCCAAAAGGAUUCUUCGCCUUCACUUCUUGUCUUGACUUUCUG